GGGGAGACGAUUUUUGACGUCGAUUUUGUUGAGUGAAUGAAUAAAAAAACUCGUCAAUUCACGUCAUUAACGAUAAACCAUGAAAGUUGUGAAUAUCGUCGAUCUGUCGGGGGGCUCCUGUCAAUAAACAACGAGUUUGGAAAGUGACUAAGAGCGGUGUUGAAAAGCUUCGUGUCCAUUGGGAACCUCGAGUGAUAUAACGCCAACUGAGAUUCAAGCGUGAUUAAAAGAGUUUAAACACGACGAGGCAGAUUCGUUUGAAUUGCUCACGCAGCGCGUCUCACUCGCAAUAGUAACGUGAUAUCGCGAGUUCGGCACCAGCGUACACAGUAAAGUUGUUGGUCAACAUUUUCCAGUUGCAAAGUUUCAUUUUAUCGACGAGUUAACACGUUACUGAGAGAAUAACAAUUGAUUGCGAGAGUUUCAUCGAUGCGAAUACCUCGACGAACGUCCGCUUUUCGUUCGUGGAGAGGGUUAAAUUGGAAAGAAUAAAAUCGAGUCUUGCAAUUUCGGAUCGCGUAGUUCGGCUUUUAUGAAAAAACCAAAAAUCCCUUCAUUUUGUUGGGAAUAUUCGUGAAAAUAAAUAUUUUUCAUCGAGACCCUCGUCGAGCGUACGAUCAAGAUAUUUUUUUGUCGAGUGCCUCGAUGAUCAACGUGACAAAGAACGCCGAUGAGUGCAAAUGCGAUAAUCAAUGUGGAAAGUUCCGCGUGGUAAUCUUCGAGGAGGACGUCCACACUCUUUGCUCUCUCUCUUUUUUUUUUCCAUUCUCCGAUGACCAGUGACUAAUGACCGAAAAUUGGACAUGAUGAGAGAAACUCUCUCGGUUCGCAUCCGUGAAAUAUCGCCCGGAUAAUGACGCAAUCGCCAACUCCAUCAACGAGCAAAUGCCACGACGAAAAAUCGGAUCGUGCGAUCGUAUUGCAGAUUCAAGAUAUCAACAGUCAGGUUGCCCAAUUUCGUGACUUGCUCAUCAACAUCGGACAGUCCCGAGAUGGCCCAGAGCUACGUGAACGUGUCCGCAAGCUCAGACGUAACUGUGUCGAAGCUUGCAAGAGCGCAUCGCAGUCGGUUCUCCCGCAAAUGCGAAGUGCUGUGGAAUCCGGCAUACCGGCGGACAGUCCUAACUUGGUCCUAUUGUUCUUCGUAGCUCAGCUCUUUCUUCGAGAAUUAUACAAAUGCAAGAAACUCGUUCGUAUCGUGCCUAUGGACAUGUCCGGCUAUUACGCGAGCAAAUCCGGACCGUCCAAUAUCGGAAACGUAAUCUCUCAGAUCCUAUUGUGCAAACAGAUAACCCCGGACUUCAACGAGGAAGAAUUAUGCAGCAUAAAAAAGGACUCUGCAGAAAUAAGCGCUCUUAUCGUCGAGCUGCAAGAAUUUAUGCCUCAAUCCGAAGCCGAUACGGAGCGUUCAGUGGCGCUGCAGGACGUGGCGAUUGGGAGCUCGAAGAACAAUGGAUCGAAGAAAGGUAGUCGUUGGGAGGGCAGACCAGCGACGCCGUCUUACUUCGGGGAUGGAUUUAGUUUUCUCUGCUGCACCGCGAGGCCUAAUUACCUCUGAGAGAGGAAAUGUAAAACACGCACGGACGCUCUCUCGAUACGGAGUUCCUCGAUGAAAACGUCGGGCAAGUCGGACCUGCUCUAUGCCUCAAUAUUUCAAAUCAAAUGAAAAAAUUCUUCAUCCGGGAUCUGCAUGACUAGAACGGCGAAGGAAAAGAGAAUAAUUACGCCGAGCUCGAGAGACCGGAUGGAGGAGAGCGGGGAGGAUUCGAGGGGUAACGAAAGCGGAGAAAGAACCACACACGGGAGGCUUGAAAACGGCCCCGCAAAGAGCUCUCCACUUCGUUAAACAUUAAUCGGAUACUUUUCGUCCACGUUUUUUCUCCCGUCCAACUUGAUUUAUUCCCUUUCCCCUGUGCAGAGUGCCCUGGCUUUUUUUUACUUCAUCAAAUAUUUACAAAUUAUUAAUAUUAUUAUUAUUAUCGUUGGAUAGCCAAGGGGGGAGGAAAAUUAGAGUUCGUAGAGAGAUAUUCUCUUAGGCAAAUUGUGAAAAACUCUUCUACGUUGAGCGCAGCGUCCAUAGGGAACGUUGCUUUCCAAAAAGUGAACGCAUUUGUUUCUUAGAUGAACGAUAUCGACGUGAAUUCGUCACGGACCAUGAAUCUAGUCAUUUAUUCAGAAUUACCAGUCAAUCGCGAUCGCUUCGUUAGAAAAAUCUCGGAGAAGUAUGGUCGAUCGAUUAUUUACACUCGUCCGGCACGCCGAAUUGGGUCCAAAGAAAUGAAUAUUUAAAAAAAAUAUCAAUCCUAAUACUUAUUAAGGGGCAUUCAAAUGUACAGUUAACUAUUGACCGACGCGACUGUUGUUCUUUAAUACAAAUAUUAUAAAAGUUAUGAUUCCAGUAGUUGAAUUUGAACCAUUGUACGUGCAACUGAUGCGGUUAUUGCCAAAUCUACCAGGUAGAUUUUAUCGUAGCUAAAUUAUCUUAGACAAGAAUUUUACUCGAGCAUAUAAAUAUUUAGUAGUUGAGAUUGAGAUUUUGAGAAAUUUUAGAAAAUUGCUGCGACUUCCCAUUACGAGUAACAACGAAAACAUCAUUUCUUUGAAAACAAUCGUUCAUUGAUUGUUCCAUUUUUUUUCUCUGUUCUCGUUGUGGACGAAAUUAUUAAUUUUCCUUUUUCAAAUGCGUAGUCGAUUGUAAAAAUCAAAAUGUAUCAUUCCGUGAAUUAUCGAACGAGCAAUCAAACGAUUUAAUCAAAUAUUUCAACGUCAUUAGUUUGGAAGCAAAAAUGGAUCUAUGUUACAAACAUAUAUAACGAUUAUACAAUAUGGACCAACCGCUGUAUCGUGAGCUAUGAGGGACCUGUAAUCACACUCUGGACCAAAACGUUUACGACUAUUUAUUCGUUUUAUCGUAGAGAUCUGAACGGUAUCUAUUCGAUGAUUAACACGAAAGACUCCUAAAUAUGUUGCUACUACGUUACAAUGACUCGAAAGCAGUUUCAACACUUUCAUUUAUAAUAUAAACUCUCCUAUAAUCGAUGAAAAAUGAAGAUUUAUUCUUAUUUGUAAAUAAAUUCAUUUCUUCGAAUCCCGAAUGAAUAUUAAUUGUAAUAGUUGCGAAUGAAUUUGCGAAGCAUUGAAGGAAUGUCGUGACGAUGCUGCCAAGGGUUGGACGAACUUAGAGCCAGUGACCAAAUAAGGAUUUAAGAAUUAUCUUCCAUAAUAAAACGUACGUCAGGAAUAACAUCUGUAUCUCCCUGCAUGAACUUAUAAUAAAUACUUUUUCUACAUGACUGUCGAUUUGUCAUGAUCGCUGUCCGAACAGGUAUUCGCAUUUUGGGUUCGAUUUUUGCGUGUGCCUGUGCGAGAAAACCUUCUUUGUGACAUUAUUAUGGGCAAAAAAGUCUGUGACGAAAUGUGAGUUCGUAAUGACUGUAAUUCUAUGGAAGAAUCAAUAAAAUGAGAAAAGCCAGUGCUGAAAAGGA